AUGGUCCCUGUACAGUCUUUCACAGGUGGGCUGCUGGGCACAGGUGGGGCUGCUGGUCACAGGUGGGGCUGCUGGUCACAGGUGGGGCUGCUGGUCACAGGUGGGGCUGCUGGUCACAGGUGGGGCUGCUGGUCACAGGUGGGGCUGCUGGUCACAGGUGGGGCUGCUGGUCACAGGUGGGGCUGCUGGUCACAGGUGGGGUUGCUGGUGCUGGUGCUGGCGGCUGGCGCUGGUGCUGGUUCCUGGUGCUGGCAGCUGGCACUGGGGCUGGUUCCUGAUGCUGGCGGCUGGCGCUGGGGCUGGUUCCUGGUGCUGGCGGCUGGCGCUGGUGCUGGUUCCUGGUGCUGGCGGCUGGCACUGGGGCUGGUUCCUGGUGCUGGCGGCCGGCGCUGGGGCUGGUUCCUGGUGCUGGCGACUGGCGCUGGGGCUGGUUCCUGGUGCUGGCGGCUGGCGCUGGGGCUGGUUCCUGGUGCUGGCGGCUGGCGCUGGGGCUGGUUCCUGGUGCUGGCGGCUGGCGCUGGGGCUGGUUCCUGGUGCUGGCGGCUGGUGCUGGGGCUGGUUCCUGGUGCUGGCGGCUGGCGCUGGUGCUGGUUCCUGGUGCUGGCGGCUGGCGCUGCGACCGCCGGUGCGACGGGCGAGGUGCAAGGUGGCGCUGGCUGCAGUCGAUGGCGCAAACGCGAUCGCGGGCCGCUGGCGACUUCGCUGGCGGGUCGCUGGCGGCGGGUCCGCUGGCGUUCGCCAUAG